GAGUAAAACAGAAAGAAGGGGGUAAAAAGAGAGGGUGUUUAUGAAAGACAAGCACAAAAGCAGAGAAAGAGAGUGUGAGCAGUUCUUACAAGCGUUCUGGUGUGUGUGUGUGUGUGUGAGCGAGGUUCGUAGUGGGACUGUGUCUUGAUCUCGGGCUACUGCAGUGGAAGCGUGAGGAGGAGGCAGGAGAGGAGAUUGUGCUGCGCUCUGGAAUUCUCCAUAGGAAAGAGGAAUAAUAGCAUUGAUAACACUAGACUGGAUACCUAGUGCUCUUUCAGUGGGUUACGCACCUUUGGCCUUGAGCUGAAAACUCCUGCAUACACCUGAUUUAGACUGGACUAUGCUGUGUAUUAUGUACAGUCACUGAACUCUGAGAUGGCCAAGUGGGCCCAACAGGCCCAAACUUCCCCCCUGCAGCGCCGUCUCUACCUCCUCCAGGCCCAGCGGCCCACCCUUCAAAUUUGAUCUGCCCACCACUGCUAACACCCAUCCUGGGCUUCCCACUCAUCGGGCCACCUGGCUUCACUCCGGGCCCACCAUGGGAGGAUGCCUCUCCAAACCCAAACCAGUAGAGGUCAAAGUUGAGCUCACUCUUUUGGACAAAGAGAAGGAGGUGGACUUGAUGUCUCCGAAUGGAAAGGCCAGUCCAUUUUCAGAAUGCAGACCCAACGGAUCUCUGGGACACUGUUCGGAUGAGGACAGCAUGACACUGCGGCCACAGCGGAAAAACAGAGAUUACAUAGAAGCAUCUGUCUGCCACAUAAAAGACCUGGAGAAUGGACAAAUGCGUGAGGUGGAUUUGGGGGCAGGUCGGGCUCUGCUCAUUAAGGAACAUGGAGAAUUCUUUGCCAUGGGACACAAGUGCCCACAUUAUGGGGCUCCACUGGUCAAAGGUGUGCUGUCAAAAGGGCAUGUGCGAUGUCCAUGGCAUGGGGCAUGUUUUAACAUCGCUACGGGGGAUAUUGAGGAUUUUCCUGGACUAGACAGUUUGCCUACUUUCCAGGUCAGAGUCGAAAAGGAGAAGGUGAUAAUAAGAGCAAACAAGCAGGCCCUUCAGACUCAACGGCGAUCAAAGGUUAUGUCAAAAUGCUCUGCCGUCAUCAAUUCCAGCACUGGAUUCAGUCACGUUCUCAUUAUUGGAUCAGGGCCUGCUGGUCUGGUGUGUGCUGAGACACUGAGGCAGGAGGGCUUCACUGACCGUAUAGUGAUCUGCACCACGGACAAACAUCUGCCUUACGACAGGCCUAAACUGAGUAAGUCUUUAGAGAGCACGGCUGAACAGCUGCAGUUGCGUUCAUCUGAUUUCUUUCAGAUGCAUGACAUUGAGGUACUACUGGAGAAAGAGGUUGUCUCUGUGGAUGUGAAGACACACACUGUGACAUUUAGGGAUGGGUUUAAAAUGGAAUAUCGAAAACUCUUCAUUGCCACUGGAAGCAGGCCCAAACCUCUGAGUUACAAAGGUAAAGAUGUGGGAAAUGUAUUUCACCUCCGAACGCCAGAGGAUGCCAACAGCAUCGUCACACUCGCCAGCAGUAAGAACGCCGUCAUUAUUGGAACCUCGUUUAUUGGAAUGGAGGUUGCUGCAGCUCUCACAGAUAAGGCUCAUUCAGUGUCUGUGAUCGGCAUAGAGGCUGUGCCAUUCCGGAAAGCUCUCGGAGAGAAAGUCGGGAAAGCUUUGAUGAAGCUGUUCGAGUCCAACAGGGUGAAGUUCUACAUGUUGAAUGAGGUGUGGGAGAUGCGAGGGCACAAUGGACAGCUCAAAGAAGUGGUUCUAAAGAGUGGCAAAGUCUUAAGAGCUGACGUCUGCGUCAUUGGCAUAGGUUCAAGUCCAGCCACAGCAUUCCUGAAGCAGAGCGGGGUUCACAUAGACUCUAAAGGAUUCAUCCCAGUCAAUAAGACCAUGCAGACGAACAUAGAUGGGGUCUUUGCUGGUGGUGACGUGGUCACGUUUCCUCUAGGUCUACGCAGCAAUAAGAAGGUGAACAUACCCCACUGGCAGAUGGCUCAUGUACACGGUAGACUGGCGGCACUUGGGAUCAUGGGAAAAGCCUCAGAUAUAAAAACGGUGCCUUAUUUCUGGACAGCCAUGUUUGGGAAAAGCAUACGAUAUGCAGGUUACGGUGAUGGCUUUGACGAUGUCGUCAUCCAGGGAGAUUUGGAUGAACUGAAAUUCGUGGCGUUCUACACAAAGAGUGAGGAGGUGGUCGCUGUGGCCAGUAUGAACUAUGACCCCAUUGUGUCGCGGGUUGCUGAAGUUUUCGGUUCUGGAAAGACGAUUAGAAAACGUGACGUAGAGACAGGAGACAUGUCGUGGCUGAUUGUCAAAGGCUCACAGUGAGGAAGAGAGGUCAGUUUUCAGAUGAUCUCCUGUCACAGUUGUAGAGUUGCAGUUGCUGGAGCGGGACACUAGAUGGAGGACAUGCGCCGUCCCAAAAAGCCAGACCCGGACUGAGCCCACAGCAUCGUCUUGUGGGGUCUGGAUCCUUCCCAGUGCUAACACAGAAGAGCCAUACCUGGUUUUUGGCCACCCGGGAACUGGAUAGGACCUAGCUUUCUUUGCAUGAAGCAUCAUGCCUGUGUUCACGGGACAGCAGCAAUGGGGAAUGCUCACGGUUUAUUUUCUACAUGCCACUUUGUAUAUAGCUGUUCCCUGAAGAUGCAUUCAACAUCCACAAGACUGCACUUUUUCUACCGACACACGCCUGGUUAUGGGAACGCGAGCCGAUCUCGUGGAAAUCUGCUUCUGUAGAUGCAUGAUCGUUCAUCUGCGCAUUCAUAUCUUCUUUCGUAGAAGGAUCUUAAGAGGGUUUCGUAAUUCAGGGAAGGUAAUACGGUCAGCACGGUGUCCAUCCACUAAUAUUGGUGCCCUUGGAAAAUAUGUGCAGGCAUGGCA